AUGCAAAAGCUAAGUACGAAGAGCAGAUGUGGAAAAAGCCUUCUUAAUUUUGUUACUCUGGUGGCUUAUGUUGAAGAGCGGGAAGAACCGGUAGAUUUAGCCACCCUUUUUAGUCGAAGCAGUCAACGGGAGAUAUAUCGCGUCAAGCUACCAGGACCACCUAAUAUUGGAGAAGGGAAACCUGAAAAUGAAAACCAUGUCAUGUCUUUUGGAUUAUUAUGCGGUUCGCUUAGCUGCUUGCAAUAA